AUGCCGCUUCAUGCAAUGCCGCAAUCUAAUCCACAGCAUCUGGUUGGUCCUGGACAAAUUCCACAAGCGAACCAAAGUUUUGGGGCUCAGUCGACUCUAUACUUAGGGCAACCGAUUCCCGUGAGCUCUCAGGUUCCAGCCGGUUUCCAGCCAUUGCAUCCUGUCCCAGGCUUUACUACAGGGCCGAUGAAUGCUCCGGCUCAACCCUUUCAUACUGCUGGGAUAAUAGUUCAAUUGCCACCAUCUGCUCCACCAUCUCCUUGGACAACGGGGUUGUUUGACUGCAUGGAUGACAUUUUAAUUGUGGUUGUGGCCUGUUGCUUCCCCUGCGUAACAUUCGGCCAGAUAGCGGAGAUUGUUGACCGAGGGAGCACAUCAUGUGGAACGAGUGGGCUACUGUAUGGUGGGAUCCAGUUUCUCAUCGGUUGCCCGUGCUUGUUGUCCUGCACUUGCCAAACCAAGCUCCGGAACCGAUUCAACCUCAUCGAGUCCCCUGCUCCUGACUGGAUCACUCACUUCUUUUGCGAAUGCUGUGCUCUUUCUGAGGGAUACAGAGAGCCUAAGAACAGAGGACUUGACCCUUCCAUAGGCAAAACUAAUGUCGAAUAUAGCCAUUUGAGCUCCAAACGAGCACUUAAUAAGCCAAGCCACUACAAUACUGUCAUUAUGGUUUGA